CACUUUCGUUCGAUCUGCUCGACAUCGACGGUAAACUCUUCAUUUAUUGUAACAAGAACAAUGAAUUCACGGGAACGUUUCACACUAAUGCUAGGUAAAAUUGCUUCUCAAAUAGAAAGUCACCGUUUAGAGUCAUUUAAGUUCCUUUGCAAGGACUCGAUUCCUGAAGGUGACAUGGAACGGAUUUCAUCGCCAGAGGCACUGUUUAUUGAGCUCGAACAUAGAAUGAAACUAGGUCCGAACCAAGUCGAAUUCGUAUGCCAAUGUCUUGAACAAGUUGGAAGAAAAGAUCUUGCGUCCAAGUUGAUGGCUUUUGAUGAAAAAAGAGGAGGUAAGAAGAUAAAGUAAAUUUUAAUUUACUUUAUUCUUUUAUACGUGAUUAAAAACACGCAUAAAAGGGAUCAUAAAAGGGAUCAUCCAAAUAGCAAAGGCUAAGGACGGGCCAUUAGAAAACUUAUGGGGGGGGGGGGGGGGGGGAGGGGGCGAAGUCCAAAAAAAAUAUUCGCGCAAGGGAAAAUUAAACGAAAAAAAAAUUCAUGCACGCCAAUUAAUCCUAAGAAAUAUUCAUGCUAUGGCCUAAAAAAAAUUCAUACAAGGAAUUUGAUAACGAAAAAAAAUUUCUGCGGCUCGAAAAUUCCCCUCCUCCCAAUAACUUUUCUAAUGGUCCGUUCCUAAUCUAGUGGAUGACCCCUGCAAUAUAAUACAAUUACAGACAGAAUUAAGAAUAUAUAUUUUUAUAAAAAGUAUUUCUUCAUGCGCUAAGGCAGAUAAUUAAUUAGAAUAGCAAUUGAGGGUAGGUAAUAGAGUUUUUGAGAGCGACUGUCUGUAAAUAUCGACCAAAAUCGACUUUUUGUGGCACAAGUUCAAAAUUAGAAUUUCUCUCAUUUUUGGCUCAUCGAUAAUCCUUAAUGAGUAAUGAAACAUGCUGUAGUUACCUUUCGCAAGUAACGUGUUCUUCUUCCUUUUCGUGGUUCUACUGACAAUUUCUACCGUUCAAAAUUAUAGAGAUAAAAUAAUGCAAAUUUUUACAAUGCGCUUUAACUAAGAAUUUUGUAAAUUGACUUUCUACGGCUUAACUAGGCCCUAAUCUAUCAGAAAAUCGAAACAAAUCUCUGGGCAUACGAUUUUAAGUAGCCCGCAAAACCUCGCGUUCGACCCCAAUUUUGCGAAAAAUCGCGACAUUCCAGUGGUUAAAAAUAGCGUUACUCGGCCCGUCACGCCAGGGGUGUUAACUACAGAUACCCUGAGAUACGCUUUAAACAUUCUAUUCAACGUUAAUCACAAGCCAAAUUCCAACAGGCAAUCUAUAUUACAUCUUUCAAUACAUGUUAUUUAGAAGAGUCAUCUUGUUUUGGAUACAAUAUAUAGUGCAGAAUUGCCCAAAAGUCUGCUUUUUUUUAGCGACGUCGACGACCGAGCCCAACGAAAACACUCUUAAAACUCGUUAUAGUUGUCACUAAAUCUGCCCCCGACCUUUGAAAACCCGAAUGAAGACUCCUUGUGGUUGUCCAUUUAUUUACCAUGAACCUUUGAAAUGCAGUUUUCGUAUUAGAGUUUCUGAGUGUAAUUCUUUUGUUCUCUUUUGUGUUUUCUCAAUUAUUACAGGCUUUGUUUCCUGGGUUAAUGAAAAUGGGUAGGAGAGAACCCUGGGAACGAGGUUGAGGAUGGACAAUUGUUUUUUAUACAUCCCAUAAUGAGUUCAACCAACACUGCAAAUGUAAUAGAACGCAUGUUAAACAGCAAAACCAUCUUUAAUUAUCUAUUUGUAAUUAAUAAUAUAAAUGUCCUAUAACUAAUGUGUCGAACGAAUGCUUUGGCCUCGAGUGUGCAUUCUUGAACGCAACUGAUAUAAAUAAUUUCGCAAUAAACUAAUCCUACAAAAACAUGGACCACUGUUUCAAGUUUCUCACCUUUGAGAUAUUUCCCAGGCCCCGGUUGUUCAAACGCUGGAUAGCGCUAUCCACCGGAUAAAUCACUAUCCAGCGGCUAAGUAUUACGGAAAUCAAUUACGCUAUCCGCUGGAUGGUGAUUUAUCCGGUGGAUAGCGCUAUCCAACGUUUGAACAACCGGGGCCUGUUCACUUUUCUGGCAUGUCCUUGUAUCAAAUAAAAUAAUCGGGAUUUCGCAAUAAACUAACCCUAAAAGCACGUGGACCACUGUUUAUUAAAUCCUGAAUACCUUAAUAUAGAACAAACCCCGGCUAUUUCACGUUAGCAAAUUUCUUGUCUUUGACUGGGUUUUGAGAAAUUUGAGCUAUUCCUGAUGUGGUUUGAACCGAGUUUGUCGAUCCACGUUGACAAAACCAGUUCAAAGUUCUGUCGAUCCACGUUGCUGAUUUGUGUCUGACAAAACAAGCAGGGGCACCCAACGACAAUUUUCGGAAAAAUAUCUGUUCGGAAGACGAUUUGAGAUCUAGAACUUUCGGAACAUUUCGAAACAUUUGUUUUAAAAUUUCUUGCUUGCCUGCGUCUCCUAGGAUUUUCGGACAUCUAAAAAAUGG